AUGAAGUUCCAGAGUGAAGAAUCUGGUGCUCAGGCUCUAAGACGAAGCCGUUCCUUUUCCUCAGCAGCUUUUCUUGUUGAUGGAAAUGCCUCCAACGAUCCAAAUAAUGCUACUAAAAUCAACCAUCAUCGACAGCAAAAUCAUUCAUCUCGUUUCAGAUGUUUUACACCGGAGAGACAAUGUAGAAAAGCAGAACAUAGUCACAUGUACAAAGUACAUGACUCAUGUGCAAGUCUCUCAACUUGUUCUAGUAAUGUCUCGAGCCAUGUCUUGGACCGUUACAUUGACGGAGAAGAGAGCUUAGAACGGAGUAAGCAAAAGAGCGGGAGCAUGAAAGGAAGGAGGCUUCUUCCUCCACGAGCUCAAAGCUCUUCACCGUUAUCAGACACUACCGUCAAAGACAAACGACAACCUAACAAUGGUACUCGCCUGAAUUCCUCAUCAACUGAUUACGCGGAAAACGGUUUGAAAGAUGUGUCGCCUCGUUCGCUUGCAAGAAGCGUCAUUAAAAGACUCUCCCACACUCAGGGGAAGUCAAAGGCGCCUUCGAGCUAUGAUCCAAUCAGAAUACAAGACGUCUAUAGUGGAAACAACGGUAAGACACUUGACGUUUUCGCCAACCUUCCAUUGCUUGAGCAUCAAGAACCGGUGAAUGGAUAUUACACGGAAGGCGAUGCUAAUUCGGAGCUGGAGAAGAAGUGUAAAGAAGCUGAGAAGAGAGUGAAGUUGCUCUCAGAAGAGCUUGAGGAGCAGAAGUUUCUCUCAGACUGUGAGUUUGAUAUAUCGUCUUUAGUUGGUGAUAUUAGACAAAUGGAAGAGGAGAGAGUAGGGUUAGCUUUCGAGGUUUUGAGUCUUUUGCGGUCACAAAUGGACGAGAGAGCUUCCGCUAGGGAAGAGAUCAGACGUGCGAAGACAGAUUGUGACUUGCAUGUGAAGAGACUAGAGAAAGAGAAGAGCGAGUUAGAGUUUGGAUUGGAGAAAGAGCUUGAUAGAAGAUCAAGCGAGUGGACUUCGAAGCUAGAGAAUCUCCAGAACGAGGAGAAGAGGCUGAGAGAGCGUGUGAGAGAGCUCGCUGAGCAUAACGUCUCGCUACAGAGAGAAGUUUCGACUUUCCAUGAGAAGGAAACCGAGCGCAUCGAUAUGAUUAGGCAUUUGGAUGAAACGGUUAGAGAGCUGAGUGCAAGAACGGAGGAAACGCGUGAGGAGAAUCUGUAUCUGAUGCAGAACUUGUCCAAGUUGCAAGAGAGUUGCAGUGGCGCUACAGAGGAUCUUCAUUGCUUGAGAGGAGACUUUGAAGAGAGAGAUAUGGAAUGUAAGGAGUUACACAGAUCUGUCACAAGAUUUUCAAGAACGUGUGGAGAACAGGAGAAGACGAUCCAGGGGCUUAGAGAUUGUCUCUCCGAGGAGAUCAAGAAGCAGCAACCGUCAGAGAUGUGCAAGAGAUUGCAGAUGGAGCAAAUGAGGCUGACAGGUGUUGAGUUCUCACUUAGAAAAGAGAUUGAGUCGAUGAAGCUUGAAGCUGAUGCUCUUCGCCAUGAGAACAUUUGUCUGCGGAACAGAGCGAUAGGGAAUGGAGAUGAAGCUGAUGCUGUGAUGAUGAGCUUUAACCUAGAUAAUGAGAUGAAGAUGCGUGUGUGCUUAUUGCAAGACCAAGGGGUGUCGAUGUUGAAUGAGAGCAUGCAGCUAUGUUACAAGUUCUUGAAGUUCUUCAAAGAGAAGUUAGCUCACUCUCAUGAGACACAAUCGGUAAUGAGUAGUGGAUUGAGUGAGCAGUUUCUGAUUGAGUCUGAGAUGAGAGUCCAUGGAAUAAGGCGUGGCACUGAAAGCCUGAAGAGGAGUUUGCAGACAGUCACUAGCUUACUGCUUGAGAAGUCCAGUGAGGUUGCAUCAAAUGCUGCUAGGCCUAGCGAGCCAAACAACCAAUCAGUGGAGAAGUUCCUGAGAGCUGAGCUGAGAGCAGAGAGUUUAGUCACGAGUUUGUUAAGAGAGAAACUGUAUUCCAAGGAAGAAGAAAUUGAGCAGCUUCAAGCAGAAGUAGCUGCAGGAGUAAGAGGUAACGAGGUUCUACAACGUGAAAUCCAAAACGUACUAGACAACCUUUCAGUGAAUAACCACCAAUUAAAAGACCUGAAGCUGCAGAUGGUGAAGAAAGACGAGAACGCGAACCGGCUUGAGAAUAAUCUCCAAGAAGCAGCUAAAGACUUGGCUAGCAUGAAAGUCACAUUACCAAAAGUGUUGUCGGAAAGAGAAGAGAUGUGGAAGGAAGUGAAGGAAUGGAGAAAGAGAAACAUGGAUUUGGAGUCAGAGAAGGAGAUGUUGAAGAAGAAGGUAGAGAAUUUGGAAGAGGACACACUGAUUAAAGAAGGUCAGAUCACGAUACUGAAAGACACGCUUGGAAGCAAGCCUUUCGAUCUUCUCUCAAGUCCUGACUUCUCAUAUAACGAUUUCUUAGUCCAAUAG